UGUUGAUCCAAAAUUCCACUCGUUUUUUUUUUUUUUUGCUUUAUUUUCGUUUUAAACUUAUUACACUUUUGAUUGAAUUUUAGUUACAUUUAAUUUUAUACAUUUUAUAUUUUAUAUUGAUUUGUUCUAAUUUAAUAAUUAUUAGGUAUGAUUAGUAGUGAAUUGUGAUACCAAUAUUUGUUAAUUAAAUCUUAGGUAAAUGAUAAAAUUAUAAAAUAUUUACACUUUAUGUUCAUUUUUUAUUUUAAUGUCAUUGUUUUACAAUCUUUUUAAGAUUAUUUCGUUAUUAAAUUAGUUAUAAAUUAAAAAAAAUUCACAGUAUGCAACUUAAAAUAAUAUUUUUUAGACAAUCUAGGUAAGUUUAAUUACAUAUUUGCAUAACAUAAAUUUAUAUUUAUACCUACAUUUAACAUCAAAUUAAAUAAUAAAUAAAUAUAUAAUAGAUUUAUAGCAAAAGGAGUCCCAAUGAACAACAUAAAAAUUAAUUCCUGAAAAAUAAAAUAAUUAAGUCAAAAUAUUUUUUUUUAUUUACCUAUGUAUACCUCUUAUCACUAUUUUAUAAAAUAUAUUAAUUAAAAUGACAUAGGUAUAUAAAAAUUAAAUUCAAUGCUUCUAUUUUAUGUCCGACUACUUUUAGUGUGUAUCUAUAAUAAUUAUUACUACCUGUAUGUAGAAAAAUGUAAUUGUUUGUCUAGAAAUAGAAAAUAAUAUACAAUUUGUACAAUAAUCAUAAGAUGUAUUAGUACAUAAAAUUAAAAAAAGGAGGAAAAUAUAAAAAUUCCAGUAGCUAAAUUUACUAAAUUAGCUAAAUUAGUCUUAUUUAUUAAGUCUAUAAUUUUUUGAUCGAUGAAACUCCUAUACAUUUUUCCUUAAUAUUAAUGUUGUAUUUGUUGUUUAAAAGUUAUGAAAAUAGGAAAUUAAAUAAUAUUAUGAUUAUUACAUUUUAGAGCUAGAAAUCUAUGUGAAUAAUUUUAACUCAUAUGGAUAGUUUGUAGUUAAAUCAAUGGACUAAUUUGCCUCUUGAUUUUGCCACUUGAUAUAGGAGUUUUUUUCCUAUUAUACCUUUUAGAGAAUUGAGGAUAAAAAGCUCUGACGAAGGAAAAAAAAGCUCCAGGAAAAUAUUCAGUUAAUAUAAUACAUUUAAAAAAUACAAAAUUACAAAAAUAAUUAGGUUGUUAUUCAAAAACAUAAUUUACAUAUAUUAUUGCUUAUUGCUCUUAAAAAUUUGUUAAUUUUUAAUUGGUUAUUGUUGAAUUGAACAUUUGUUUGUAUUAGGAUUUAUACAUGAUUGUAUAUAUUUAAACUUUUUUUUCCUAAUAUGAUUUUUGGUCUGGGCUUUGUUUUCCAAUACCCCUUUUAGGCUGUGGUUUCAUAAUUUAAAACUUAGUAGGAAAACAAUUUCCUCAUUUUCAUGCUUAAGAUUUCAUUAAGGCCAAACAGGAUGAAAGAAGUUCCAUACUAAUCCUACAAGCUUUCUUUAUACAUCUCAUUCUUGUACACUCUAUUUAACUGAACACAUAUGUGAUAUAUCUCACAUUAUUUUUUAUAGCCCUUUUUAUUAUCGCUAAUAUAAUUCUCUCUUUUCUCUAAUAAAUAUCUACAAUAUCUUUUUUAAUGCUCCAUCAAUUCAUUCCUCAUAAAUUAUUCUUAUAAUAUUAUCAACCAUUUCCUUCUUCAAUCAGACUGGUUUUUUGAUUUAAUAUAUUUAUUUUUGUUGUUUUACCAAAUUUUAAUGUUUAAUUCACUGUUUCAAUAUUAAUUGUUGUAACUGUUUUAUACAAAGUUUCUGUAUGUUUGUUAUAGGUAUUGUAUUCCCUGUGUUGCCUGUUUCUUAUAUUAUAAAUAUUUUAAGCCAAUUAUGUACUUAAAUAAAGUUAUUAUUACAAACAAAGUCUGUCGGUUUACACGCUGUAUAAACAUGGUAUUGUUUUUAAAUUGGAUUUUUAUAUCCAAUAUAGCCUUAUAUAUAAAUAUAUCUAUUAGCUAACUGUAUUGGAUGUUAAAAGUGUAAUAGCUAUGUUGAUAAAAACCAAAUAAAUCUUGUACAAAUAAAUAAGUAGUUAUAAAAUUCUAAAUUACAAUAUAUAAUUAAUUUUUCCACAUUAUUAUAUAAUUAUUAGUAAUAAUAUAUUAAAAAUUGGAAAAGAGGUGGUUAAAUGCGAUUGAGAAUGAUAUCAGGACAUCUGGUGUAUAUGUGUUGGGAGAUCAGGUUUAGUGGAAAUUUAGAACUAGGGUGGUUGACCCCAAAUAAUUGAGAUGAAGCUAAAAGAGAAAAAAAAGUAAUAAUAAAUAAAGCACAAAAAAAUUAUUAAUUUGUUUAUAUUUGUGAUUCAAAUUGCCCAGACAAAGUGCAUAUUGUAUAAAUAUAAUAUAUAUAUAUAUAUAUAUACACAAAUAUAUCAAAGUAGGUAUUGGUAGGAUAUAUUUGAUUUAAAAAUUUAAAUUAUUGCCUUUUAGAGGAUUUAUUUAUUUCAAAUUAUGUAUUGACAAUUAAAGUUUCUUUUAUAUGUUAUCCUUCUUGAUAAAUAAAUAUAAUUAUAUUUAACUAUAUUUGGUUAUUAAAUUAAUUUCAAUAGUUUUGUGUCACACUUAAUAAAGAUAAAAAUUAUUUUCAAUACUUCCAUCUAUUGUGAAAUAUUAUAUAUUUGUGUAGAUUGUUUGAAUUUAUUUUUAAUCAUAAAAAUAAACGUAAGCAGUAAUUUAAAUGAUUAAUAUUAAGCUACUUUUUAUAUUCUGAAUGGAGUGAGAAAGUAUUGGUUUACAGUGAUGUUUAUUUAUUUAUUUUGUAUCUGUGACCCACUUUUAUACCAACAAUUUUGCUCUGAUUUAUAUCUGAUAGCACUUUUUCUGAAAGGAAAUCUGACCGGGGUGAUAUUUUACAGAUACUAUUUUUUGAUUUUACAAGCAGUUUUCCCAUUAAAUGGGAAAAUAAGUACAAUAUUAAACAAAUAUUAUUAAAGCAAAUUGUUUAAUGUAUAUGUAAUUAUUUUUCCAUAAUAUGACUUAUAUACCAUUGUUAAUAAAGCAACACUAUAUCUACUGAACUCCGCUCAGAAUCAUUUUCCGUUAACAGUGGUUAAUCAUUGCUUACAGAUAUAGGUACAUUAAAUUUCCGUCUGCAUCCCAAUUUCUUAUCUACUACAGUGGCUGCAACCGUCCCCAUUAUCCUAGGACACCUUUUUUUUCUUUUCGGUAUCAUUAUUUUAUUCCCCCGUGUUUCAUAUCUAUACGUUGAGACAGGGGUGUCUCCAGACCAUAAUUAUAGGAAGGAAGCGAAAUAAAUAAAUUUCAUAUUAAUUAUUGAUAAGAAAAAAAGACUGACAUACUUUGCAUGAUGAGUGGACCACUGUUGUAGAUAAGAUGAGAAGGUAGAAUAUAAAAGGGAAAUUUAAUCUAUCUAGCGUAGCUCGGUCAAUAUUAUUGCUUUUUCAACAAUAUAUGUCAUACAACAGUAUUAUAUAUUGAAAUAAUUUGUACAGAUCAGUAACAUAGAUUUGUUCCACACAAUUUUUUACUUUUUAGUAAUUUUUGUCAACAUUUAAUAUAAAAUUCUUAUAAAAAAAAUAUACCACAUUAAAUUAAUUUUUUUUUUAUUAUUAUUUUGUCCGCAAAAUGCGACUUAUAAUUAACAUUCUGAUCAAUUGUCAACCAUUUCUGUUAUAUCUAACUAUUUUAUUCACAGAGUAACUAUCAAAUGAAAAUUACUCUCAAAAUUAAAGUGCCUAUAAUUAGCUUAAAUAUGGCUCUGAUGUUUUUACAGUUUUACCACAUAAAAAGAGUUUAAGUUUUUGUUAUAAGUUUUCUGCCCAAAUCUCUAGACUAUGAAGAUUUUUUGAUUAUUUGAUUUUGCUCUUUCAAUAUAUUAUUUCAUCUACUUGAUCUAUUUUUGGACUAUCUACGUGUAUAUCAGCUUUUAUUUAAGAAUUUUUGGUACAGACAAAUCUAUUUUUUAUACUAUUUAUUUACAUUUCUGAUGUUCUGAGCAUUUCAUCAACUGCACAUUAUAUGUAACCUUAAUUUUUUACUAUCGUCACAAUAUCAUCUGUACAUUUUAUUUUGGAAAUAAUUUUUUGCGAAUAUUUAGUUUUAUUAGCUUUGCUUUUAUUAUAUUUAUAACUUUUUUGAUGUAGCAAAUAAGAAGUGAUGGUGAAAACAUGACUUUUUUUUUUAAUUUGAGCAUUGGGGCAGUAGUUUCUCUUUUUUAGUACAAGCUAUCUGAUUUUUAUAAAAACUGCGGAUGAUUUUUAGGUCAUAUUGUUCAAUACCUAUUUCUUGUAGUGUGAGCAACAAUUUAUUCCAGUUAACGUUUAUUAAGUAUGCUAGUUUUAAUCAAAGAAUACAUUUAUUUAAAUUAUCAAUUAUCAAUUUUUUCCUAUAAAUUGGUAUAUUUUGAUUUUAUUAUUUUUUGCAUUAUAUUUUUGAGUUUGUAUAAUAUGUUUCUCUUAGUUUUAGUUUAUUGUACCUAACAAAAUUGUUACAAUUCAAAAUAAUUCAAACCUGUGUAUACACAUUUAUUUUCAUAGUACUUAUAGAGAAUAUUAUAUUAUACAGGUUCAUGUCUUGAAAAUAAAUAAUGAUACUUAGAUAUUUAUAAUUAUAUACAGCUAUAAUGAAUUUUAGUGCUACACGUAUUGAUAAUUCUAUUUUUGAACUUGGCCGAAGAUACACUACCAUUCAUCUUGAAAUUAUAUAGUAAAAUAUAGUGAAAUUAUCAAUUUUAUUUAAUUUAACGAUUUAAUGUAUAAUAACAUUUAUUUUAUGAAAUUAAAUGGAAUUAUUAUGGUCCUAUCCUAUUUAUAGUUAGUACUAUGUAAAUUUAUUUUUUUAAUUGUUUUAUUUGUAUUUUGUUUUUUUUUUUAGAUAAUAGUUGUAUGAGUGGCAGUAAGGGGGAAUCAGUCUCUACCAUUAUGUAUGAUCCAGGUAUUAGACAAGAUCAAAACCCUGCACCGGGUCAGCUUUAUGCCACUAUUGUUAAAAAAGAUGAUAAAGCAUCUUCGGUUGACUUCCCUUUUUAUAAUGUUAAUAUGGUACAGAAAGUUCCCGUAUCUGGUAAUAUAGCUGUUCUUGCUGCAGCUUCAGCAAACGGUGUGACACAAACAGAUAAGACGUCUUACCGUUUUGAUGUAACUGCGCCAUUCAAUUACAACUAUGCAUUAGUUAAUCAAAUGUCUCUUACAACUGCUAGUGCAGCUUUUAAGUGUGAUGUUUGUGGUGCUGGAUUUUCACAUGCAUCUAUGUUAGAUCAUCAUAAAAAAUCUGCUCACCCACAGGAGCCACCAUCAUUUACAUGUUCAACAUGUGGUUCUUGUUUUCCUCAAGUUAGAGACAUGAAAGUUCACCGAUCAACUGUACACAAACAAUGUUUUUCGUGUGGUGCUGAUGUCGCUCCACAAACUGUUAAGGGAAAAAAGUCUAGAUUUAUUAAAUGUGUAAGUUGUAGUGGAGGAACUUGUUCUAACUAUACACCUCAAGAAAAUGAAAUGGAAACUAACGAUAAUAAUUUAUCACCAGAGCAAACGGCAAUUAUGAAAGGUUAUUAUCCAGUUAAAAAAAGAGGAAUGGCAACUGUUACCAAAUGUUAUAAAUGUAAUGGUUCUGGUAUUAUUUUUUCAGUAAAUGGUAAUCAUGCUAAUGUUAAUAUUAAAAAUGAUUCUAUCACCAAUUCAAAUACUGGGAGUAACAAACCUUUUCAUUGUAACAUAUGUGGAGGAAGAUUUUCACGCUACUCGUCAUUAUGGAGUCAUAAGCGACUACAUACUGGCGAUAAACCUUAUAAAUGCGAAUUAUGUGGAUUAGCAUUUGCUAAAGCAGCGUAUUUGAAAAAUCAUGGUCGUGUACAUACAGGUGAGAAACCAUUUAAAUGUGGCGUUUGUGGAAUGCAGUUUUCCCAAUCUCCUCAUCUUAAAAAUCAUGAACGAAUACAUAGUGGUGAACGUCCUUAUCAGUGUGAAGUAUGUGACAAAACAUUUGCUCGCCAUUCUACAUUAUGGAAUCAUCGGCGUAUUCACACUGGAGAAAAACCUUACCGUUGUGAAAUAUGCGGAUCAGCAUUUAAUCAAGCCACGCACUUGAAAAAUCAUGCUAAAGUACAUACUGGUGAAAAACCACAUCGUUGUGAUAUUUGUGGUGUUGGUUUUAGUGAUCGAUUUGCAUUAAAACGACAUAGAAAUAUUCAUGAAAAGUAUGCUAGACAACAGAGUGAUGCAGUUGCUGCUCAAACAGCUACUCCUCCAUCACAAGAAUUAGAACCAAUAAGUGGCCAAACCCAAAUUGAGGAAUGUAUUUAUAGUGCUGACUAUACUGUGGAAAAGUAUGAUGCAGCAAAUAACAUUCCUACUGAUAUUGUAGAAGUGAAAGUUGAUCAGCAGAAUCAACGCGAGCACGAUAGUCAACAACAAAUUGAAGAUUGUAUUUAUAAAUAGUGGUAAAUAUUUAAUAACUACAUUAAGCAUCAACUGUUUUUAACCUGUAGUUUAGUUUACAGUUAUUGUCUAAUUUUAUUGAUUUUAUGCCAUUUAUUUUACAUCUUUAUACAAGACAACUUAUGUCAUUCUAUAUUAAUGCUGUCAUACAAUCAUAUGGUAUUUAACUCCUUUUUGAGCAUAGGUGAAUAAUAAUUAAUUAUUUACUUGAUAAUUAAGAAUUAUGUACAUUUUUGUUCCAAUUUCCUCAUAUGAUGACAUGACAGAUGUUUUCACAUGAUGAGUAUAUAACUUUUAUACAUAUAAUUAAUGCAUAAAUUAUAUAGUAAAUAUGAUUUUAUAAACUUUAUUUGAAUUACAGAAACAAACCAAAAUUACACGAAGAACAAUCUUAUAACAAUAAGAUUAACAGUUCAAAAACAAUAAUGGGUUUAAGUAUUGCCAAUAUUCAAACUCAGUAACUAAGAACCCAUCAAUGAUUAAAUUACGGUGCUAUAAUUAUGUAUAGUUGUAUAAAUUGAAAUGUUUAUUUAUAAGAUGUAAAGUUGAAUAAUGAAAGAAGCUUUUAAAUGUUAUUAUUAUUAUAAGCUUCGUUAUAGCAGGAAAAUUAAUUGUAUUCAUUUUUAAAUCAUCAGGUAAAAGCAUUAACUAUUUGAAUCAAUUAAUUUGUAUUUUAUUUUAUUAUAUAAGAUUAUUAUGACUGUAAUACAAUUUUUUUUUCGUAGCUAUUUUUGUGAUUGUACGUAUUUUAGAAGAAUUGAUUGGAAAUGUAUGAAAUAAAUUAUUUUAAAAUUUUUGUUUUACAUAUUAUUUACUUCUUUAUAUCAAUUGUUGAUUAAAAAAAAAAAAAAAGUAUGAUUAUUGAUUUUUGUUAAUUUAAAUAAAUUUAAUUUUGAAUAAUCUAUUUUAGAUAUUAAUUAUUGUUAAUUUUAAUUUUUUAAUUAUUUUAUGACAAUAUAAAUAAAUUUGUACUAUUUUGUAUACAAUAUACUUUCUUAUAUAAAUGAAGUGUAAAAAAUAAAUAUAUAUAAUUAUGUACCUAUAUUUAUUUAUCCAUUAUUAACAAUAUUAUACCCAAACAUUUAAUAAUAAAACUAAGUUUAUGAUUAUGAAUUAUUAUUUUUUAAAUGUGUCAUCAGGAUAUAUUAUAUCUUAAUUUUAAAUAGUUUAUAAUUUACUUUGUUACAUAAAUUUCAAUUUAUAAAUAAAAUAUUACAUUGAUAAUAGUAAAAAUGCGCUCUGUAAAACACAUUGAAUGUUAACCUUGUUAGUUUUUUUUUUUUAAUAAAUUAAUUAUGUUAUACUACAACUGUAUAAUGUAUAUUGUUAUCACAUAUAUCAUGUAUGAAUGUGUUUGUAGAUAUUUAUUAAUUUUUAUUAUAAUGUAAUAUUGAUGGUCUAUAAUUUAUACAUGAUAUUAAGUUAAGAAAAAAAAUUGUGCGCAAAUUAUUUUUAUAAAUAUAUAACUUAAAUACAUAUUAAUGAUAUAUUAAUUUUUAUUUAUAUACAUAUUUUUUUAAAUUUUACUAAUAGAGUACAAAUAUGUGCAUUCUAGACUAACCCAAUUAGUGAAUGAUUUAUGUUUUGAUCUUCUAACUUUAGUUUUGGAAUUUAGAGCAUAGUUUGUGACAGAUGUAGGAUACAGCAGAAAAAGGCCGAGGUAAAAAUUGUCAUUAGGGAAUAAAAGACAAUAUGUUAAUGGGAUUACAAGGAUAGCUAGUGAUCGGUAUAUUUAGGGAUAUGUAACAUUUGAGAUAGCUGAACGUUUUAUUUUUGGUCUGGGAUUUAUAAACUUUAUGAUUCAGAGCAUAACAAGGAAUGUAUUGGUUUAUAAUAAUGUUGAUUUUUUUAUCGGAACAACUUUU